AUGAGAUUCCCCAUGCUCUCAAGCUCAUCAAGAAUCGACGCCAAUCCGUGCUUGUCGAUCUCUGACAAAGACCGCGGCAGCUCUGUUCGCAUGGAGGAACUCUUCGAUGCCAUUAGGGCCUUCAACGCCAACAUUUCACCCACUUCGGCGGCCAAACUGAAAGAAUCCAUUCGAUUGGUUUCAUUGUCUGCAGUUAGCGAAAAAGACGCCAUCGGUCCAUUGUUAUCUUCUGCAUUGCUUCAAACGCUCGCCAGAAUUUCCGAAGUGAACAAUGACGACUACAAUGUGAUUGCCUUGGUUAUUUCAAAGCUGCUGCUCUUUUGUAAGGAAGCUAGCUCGGUCAAAUUGAGCAUUAACAAGUUCCCAGAUGUGCACUCCAUCAUCCUUUCGCUCCUAUUAAUGGUCCAAUCAAUUGUUGACCAAAUAGAAGUGGUUUUGCUGCUGUACAAAACUCACGAGAGAAACAAGCCUUAUGAUCUGUUGCUAUUCACCUCAAAGGUCGAUGCUACGCAACAGUGUCUUAAUGACUGCCUAUCGAGACUCAAUACGCCCUCGUUUUAUAAGGAAUGCCGGGGGUUUCUUUAUUUCUUCAAUAGGAAAUUCCAGACCAAAGUGACUUCGGUGUAUCUCACCAACUUUGCAAUAUCACCCUCCGGCAUAUUUAAGGAUAAAAUACUGGCCGACAUGUUUGCUUCGAUGAUUUUCAUCCACAAAUCCGAACUGUCUCUUUCAGAUCACAUUGUAUCUCCCAUCGACAAGAUUAAAGGCCAUUUUAAUCACUUGGCAAUCAACAAAUUCCAAUUCCGUAUUUCGCUAGGAAAUGAAGACCAAAUAUCGUUUUCCAUCAUUAAUGAGGACCGCUCUGAAAAGCUGGAUUCGCUUUUGAAGAGUCUUGAGGUUGGUGUAGAUGUCAGCUCAUCUUCAGCCAAAAGCUCUCCAAAAAAGAGCUUGAAAAAGCAACAUAAAGAAUCUUGUCACAAUCCGACUCUUUUGCCAUCGCCCACAGCAUCCAACGCCAUGGGCUCGUCCCCAAUAAAGGCAUCUUAUCCCGAUUUGGGGCCUAUGUCAUCUGGUCUAAACGACAUCGGAUUGAUGGGCAUAAAUGGCAAGUCAAAGUUUGAAAUUGACUCUGAAAUUGAGAAUCUUUCUGCUUCAAAGUUGCGAGAUACAAUUGUUAACCCCGACAAUUUGGGGACCUCUGCUUUCUCCUCUAAUGAACCUGAUAAUUUAAUGUCCUGUCAACCUCAAUAUAGUGACAGGCAAUGCUAUCAACAUUCAGAGCAACCAUCUUAUCAACUUGAGAGCCAGUCGCCUGCUGUCCUUGCUACUAAACGGAUCUCUAAAGCCAAAAAUCCACCCCACCACUUACGCUGUGAGGAAAAGUCCUUGAACGACUCAAUCUCCUCGAUCCUGAUUACACCGCCACAAACAAUUCGUAAAAGGUCCCGAUUGCUAGUAUUUUCGUCUAAUUUCAUCCAGGUAUCCCAUCAAAAUAUAAGAAACGCUCUUGCCUCGGCAAAAAGUAUGAAUGUCAUUUUUUAUGUUAGAAAAAAUAAAGCAACAGAUGCUCAAUUCAGAUAUCAGUCUAAUUGA